AUGUCUGACUUUCUUGAAGACGAGUAUAAUCAAAGUGACGACGAUGAAAUGGACUUAGUAGAGGAAGCGGAGGACGAACUUUCCAAUGAGCAUAAAUCAUCCAGUCGACAAAGACGUUCCGAUAACCGUGAUAAUGAUAAAAUAAAACGCGAAGAACAUGAAGAAAUGAAAAAAGCAUAUCUUCGUGAAGCGUGUCUAGCUCUUGGAAGUCGAGAAAAGACCUUACUAGAUGAUGGUCAAAUUGAAGAUGUUUAUGUGAUUGGAGAUUUAUACGCCUUAAGGAACAUUAUAGAGUUAAUAAGAGUUGAUCGGCCACUUGUAAUCACAUAUCUAUCAAAUUUAAAUACUCUCGAAAAAGAUCUUUUCCCGAUAGUGACUCUGAAUCGUAAAAUUAGCAAUAAAAACGAAAAGAAUCUUACUUAUGGCUGUGUUGAUCUUUUUAUACAAAUGACCGAAUCAUUACAAGGAGAUGACAAUCUUUUAGAAGAAGACAUGAUAAAUGAAGAUACGAUUGUCGAGCAAAAAACAAGACAACUCGCGGCUCAAGAAGCGCAACAGCGAUUCAAAGAAUUGUUUAUUCGGAAUCCGAUUGCUUUGGAAAUUGUUCGUGAUCUCCUCUGCGAGAAUUUGGAACAGGAGAAAUGGAAAAGAACUAGAGAAGAAAGAACUGAAGCACGUAACAUAAUUGGAUGUUGUUUAUUCUUCUUUCGCAAUUUAACUGGAAUACAGGAACCAGUCACAUUGCUUGAUAAUACACAUAGGCUUCAGAGCCAACUAAUUGUAUUAUUUCAUGAAAAAGAAAUCCUUCAUCUCCUUGUGGACAUAGCCUCGAAUCGCAAAAAAAUGGAGGACUGGUAUUAUCUAGUGCAGGAAAUAUUUUAUUUUAUAUUUUUUGGAAUUAGACCUAAAGACAUAUUUGUUGAUUUGUCGAAAAAGGACGAGCAACCAGAUCCUUUGAAACUUUUAUUAGAAAAAGAAGUUGCCGAUGCUAAAAAAUACAGUAUGAUGAGACAUUCGCGGUGGGGAGGGUCGCAUACUAUGAAGUUGAGUGGUUUCACAUUUACAGUACAUGGGCAAAAGCCGUCGCUAGAUCCUGGUCCUCAGUUACCUGAUCGUGGGAAAAAGAAAUUCCAGAAAACAAAAAUUUUGGAUGAAUUUGAUAAAAUUAAAAACUUGACACCAAUAGCACUCCGUUUGCUCAAAGAAACAGCAACCGAUUUAAUAGAUUAUGGCGGGCUUAAUGAAAUGAUAUUUUAUGUAAAGAAAGGCAUCGAACAUCAAAAGGCAGAAAUACACCCCAAUGAUCAUGUCAAACUGUUAUACAUGAUUCGAUUCUUUAUCGAAAUGGAAUUACUGCUGAUUAAUGAAUCACGAAAACCUCUACCACUACUAAAUCCACAAGAACCAUCAAUGCCAUACAACUACAACAGAAACCACAGCAAUAUUGAGAAUACUCUUCUGCUAUCACCUUUAUCAUCUCCUCCUCCGUUACGACAGAUUAAUUUUAAUUUGUCGUGGAGUGAUUUGCAUUAUGCUGUCGAAUGUUUUCUUCAUAUGCUUAACUAUAUACAAGAAAUGACCAAAUCAUUGCUUUCUGAGGAUAAAAAUGACGCUAACGCGUUGCUCUCUGAGAUAUUUUCGGAAGCGACUACCUUUGACAUGAUUCUUGGAAUUUCUAAAUCAAUUAUCUCGUUAUUUCACCGUCAACUGCCAUCAAACAGAUAUUUACAGAGCGUGAUUGAAAUGAUUGAUGUGUUCUUUCUGUUGUUGGAACAAUAUUUGGCCGCAAGCCAUUUGUAUACACGAAAGAAACGAGUUGCUAGAAAGAAGAAAAAAACGAAAUCUAAGAAAGGAAAAAAAACAACAGAAGGAACAGCCACCGUUAAUAGCAAAGACGAAAACGGCGAAACCGCAGAUCAUAAAGCCGAAACAGUGAAGUGUCGUGGAGUAGGGUUGUUCUUUAAGCUUUCGACUUUGGAAAUAUUUAACCGUACCUUGAUCAGACUUCAGAAAUUAUCGAAAUCUCCAGCGCAUCUAGAUCUCGAAGAUUUUAUAAAGUUUUGUGUGAGACAGUUCAUUAAAGCAGCGAAAUCUGAUCCUAGUCUUUUUGCAAGUGUUCUGUUGCCAAAAAGACGAAGUGAUUAUAUUUUAUCGAGCGAAGAGAAUACUUUACCAAAUUCAAAUGGAAAGAACAGUGUAGAAGCUAGUGAGUUUAAUGUCGAAUGUUCUAAUAGGCAAGAGCAAACUACACAAUCUAACGCUGAAGCUUCUGGUGGACAAGAGCAUAACGCCGAACAAUCUAAUACUGAACCUACUGAAAAGGAAGGGCAAAAUAUACAUUCUAAUAUAGAGUCUUCUGGAGGCCAAGUACAAGAUAAAGAAGUUGACCCUGAACAAGAGAAUGAAUUGCAAAGUAAUUCUAACAACGUAGAUAGUACUAGACUCGAGAGAGAAAUCGAAACCAAAAGUCGUGAACCUCUUUGGAAACGAUAUUCCAAAAAGACCAAACAUACAACUGGUUCAAUACCAGCCAAUAAAGAUAAUUAUGAUUCAGAUUCUAAUGUGAUUGUUGGUGGGUCUAGCAAAAGCUCUACUAUUGAAAGUUCACCUAAUAAUCUUGAUUCGAAUCUGCGGCAAAGACAAUCAACAAGAACAAAUGGUGGAGAUUACGAUGACAACGACGAGGAUGACAAUUAUGAAUUCACUGUAAACCUUGCUCCAAUAGUCAAAGAUACAGAUUAUGAAGAUGAAGACGCCACGCGUGUAGUUAUGAAUAGCCUUUCUUCGUCUUCUGCAGUCGCUAGUUCAGCUUCCGCAAAUAAAUCCGUAAUUGACGAAACAGAAUCUAUUGAUGAUGUAGAACCUAUUGAUCUGUAUUUUGAGAAUUCUGACAUAGAUAAUGAACUCUCAAUGAAUUCAAUAAUAAAAAAAUUCAAGGACAGUGAAAAAUUAAAGUCAAUGUAUAUUGAAGAUGAAGCCGAAGAGUCAGAAGACGAGUAUAAAGGAAUGGGUGGCUCAGAUAAGGAAGAUGACGACAACGAUGUUGGUGAAUUAAUAGGAUUUAUUAAUAACGAUAUGAGCAAGGAAAAUACUGAUUCGUUGGAUGUUCAAAAUCUCUUUCAACAACAAAUAUUGGAAGAAGAUCAAGCUGAAGUGUCUCGAAUACAACGAGAUCUUGAAAAAGGACGUAUUGGAAAGCGAAGGCGCAAUAAUAUCGGUGAUGAUGAUGACGACGAUGAAGCAUUUAUGAAAGCGGGUAUCGAGAACAAUACAUCUAUUUUCGACGAAAUCAACAUACAUGGAGGCGAUCCAUCAUCAACUUCAUUCUUUAACACAUUUCCGGAAACAAGUGGCGACAACAGUGGAUCAUCAUCAUCAAAUUUAUUCGAUGAUAUUUUCAAGGACGAUUUUAAUAACAUCGAUCAGAGUAUUGUUGAAGAGAUUAUAGUGGAAAGGAAUAAUGAGGAGGAUGAUGUCGAUGUCUCAAUGCAAGGAAUACUGUUUAGUGAAAUAUUUAGUUCGUAG